CUAUUGCCAAAUGAUAGCGCACCUCUUACACUCUCUAGCCACUGUUUGCACGUGUAUGUGAUCCGAAGUGGAUAUGGCAGCGAACCGGGUCGGGAGGAGAUGUAACAACAAGGUCCAUUCCCCGAGUAGGGGUCCAGGUAGGGACCCGGGGCUUAGCUUGCAGAAGAGGCAAGCACGGGUCACGGUAAAGUACAACAGAAAGGAGCUCCAAAGGCGCUUGGAUGUGGAGAAGUGGAUUGACUGUAGUCUGGACGAGCUCUAUUUGGGCAGGGAGGAGGAGAUGCCGGAGGAGGUGAACAUCGACGGGCUGUUAGACCUGAAGAGUGACGAGGAGAGAACGCACAGGCUCCAGGAAAUGUUUCACACGUGCAAUAACACAGAGGUUUUCAUCAAGGAGCUGGUGUUGAAACUCCACGGGCUGCAGAAACAGGAGGACCUCCACAACAAUGGCAUCGAACAACCCCAGCUACACAUCUUCCCCAACAGGCAAAACUCUGCGGACCGAGAGGUGAUCUGAAGGCCGUGUUACAUUACUCUUCAACCCCAGAACCCGACUCCCCAUUCCUCCCCAGCCUGAUGCCACGGACCUCAUCUGAAAAACAUGGGGUCUUGCUGGUCUUUACACUGUGCUCUACACAUCAAGCAGCUAGACAGAUCUGACAACUUAUCACAAACUUUGCAGACACCUUAUCUUCUGUCCACACACACACACACAAACACACACAGCCACAAUGCACAGGCAGUCCCUGCAACAUUUGUACCUCUACGAUGUCAAAUGAGUUCUGUUUUAUUUUUGUUAACUCCGUGUCCGAAAUGUUUGAAACAUGCUGCUCUCUGUUGGGUCGCUACCGCUACUUGUGUUCUGUGUGUCCUUGAAUUGCUUUUAUUGGACAACUCAUUAGGGUAUCGACUGUUGGUCGGUGUGUCUCAUGUUGUGAGAUGCACCUCUGAUUCUGUAGCUCAUAAACCAGAACCAAAGAGUCCAGCAAUGUACUGUAGAUACCAAUGUCAGUUGGAAGGUAAUAGAGACUAUAGAGCUUUCAUAUACCCCCAAUGGGUUAGUCAACGGUUCCUCGCUAUGAGCAGGUCUACUGUAUUUUCAAACUGCAUCCAGUAACAUGAGACAGUAGCUCAUGAGGUCAACUUGAAGAGAAAAAAAAAAAUAUAUAUAUAUACACUGCUCAAAAACAUAAAGGGAACACUUAAUACAUCCUAGAUCUGAACGAAUGAAAUAUUCUUAUUAAAUACUUUUUUAUUUACAUAGUUGAAUGCGCUGACAACAAAAAUCACACAAAUUAUCAAUGGAAAUCAAAUUUAUCAACCCAUAGAGGUCUGGAUUUGGAGUCACACUCAAAAUUAAAUUGGAAAACCACACUACAGGCUGAUCCAACUUUGAUGUAAUGUCCUUAAAACAAGUCAAAAUGCUCUGUAGUGUGUAUGGCGGAUGGUCUCCUGAGGGAUCUCCUCCCAGACCUGGACUAAAGCAUCCGCCAACUCCUGGACUGUCUGUGGCGUUGGUGGAUGGAGCGAGACAUGAUGUCCCAGAUGUGCUCAAUUGGAUUCAGGUCUGGGGAACGGGCAGGCCAGUCCAUAGCAUCAAUGCCUUCCUCUUGCAGGAACUGCUGACGCACUCCAGCCACAUGAGGUCUAGCAUUGUCUUGCAUUAGGAGGAACCCAGGGCCAACCGCACCAGCAUAUGGUCUCACAAGGGGUCUGAGGAUCUCAGCUCGGUACCUAAUGGCAGUCAGGCUACCUCUGGCGAGCACAUGGAGGGCUGUGCGCCCCCAAAGAAUGCCACCCCACACCAUGACUGACCCAUACCACCGUCAUGGAGUCUGUUUCUGACCGUUUGAGCAUGUGUCUGCUCAAACGGGGCGGCAGGGUAGCCUAGUGGUUAGAGCAUUCGACUAGUAACCGGAAGGUUGCAAGUUCAAACCCCCGAGCUGACAAGGUACAAAUCUGUUGUUCUGCCCCUGAACAGGCAGUUAACCCACUGUUCCUAGGCCGUCAUUGAAAAUAAUAAUUUGUUCUUAACUGACUUGCCUAGUUAAAUAAAGGUAAAAUAAAUAAAUACAAAUUUGUGGCCUGCUGGAGGUCAUUUUGCAGGGCUCUGGCAGUGCUCCUCCUUGCACAAGGGCAGAGGUAGUGGUCCUGCUGCUGGGUUGUUGCCCUCCUAUGGCCUCCUCCACGUCUCCUGAUGUACUGGCCUGUCUCCUGGUAGCGCCUCCAUGCUCUGGACACUACGCUGACAGACACAGCAAACCUUGCCACAGCUCGCAUUGAUGUUCCAUCCUGGAUGAGCUGCACUACCUGAGCCACUUGUGUGGGUUGUAGACUCCGUCUCAUGCUACCACUAGCGUGAAAGCACCGCCAGCAUUCAAAAGUGACCAAAACAUCAGCCAGGAAGCAUAGGAACUGAGAAAUGGUCUGUGGUCACCACCUGCAGAAUCACUCCUUUAUUGGGGGUGUCUUGCACACCUGUUGUAUAUACCAUUUGCACAACAGCAUGUGAAAUUUAUUGUCAAUCAGUGUUGCUUCCUAAGUGGACAGUUUGAUUUCACAGAAGUGUGAUUGACUUGGGAGUUGCAUUGUGUUGUUUAAGUGUUCGCUUAAUUUUUUUGAGCAGUGUAUAGAUAUAUAUAUAUUUAAAGGGGGAGAAAUAUUGUUGUGAAAUUCCCAAUGAUUUUAAUGACCAUAUAGAUAAAGCUACAAAGGAUAUUUGUUAUGAAGACCAAGCAGUAUUGCUUGGUAGGUUGUCAACUGCACCUCAAAGAUGGUUUAGACUAGCUAUUAAGGAUAAUUUAAGAUAACAUUUAAGCUGUCAGGAAUACCAGGUAAUUUUAUUUCUUACCAAAAUAUUUGUAUAUUUUAGUCAGCUAAAGGAUAGGAGUACAGUUGGGUUUCUAUGUGCCUCCUCAGGUACACAAUUGUUUUUUUUGUGUUUUUUUACACAAGUUCCAACACGGUUUGUAAAUGUGUAGAUCUCGGUUGGCUGUAUUGGUUUAAAUACAUUUUGAAUUCAAUGUUUCCCAGAGUAACUUUUGAAUCAUUAUCAGCAUAGUGUUUUAUAGAUUAGAGGCUGUAUUUACAUGCUGCUGUACCAUAGAGAAGGCCCGUGUUUAAAAUAAAUAAAAAAAAUGCUAUGAGUCGUAUUGAUAAACAGCGCCCUCUUCUGGCUAAAUGUACUGAGUUAUUUACAACAACAUUACAUUUUGGCAUGACAGUCUACUCUUUUGACAAACCGGGUGUUUAUUUAAUCCCAUAGGGGUCAACCCAUUUACCAUCAUUGUAAAUCGAUUGCUAUGGUGUGGGAGUUGGUAGAUAGAUAGUAGCCUAUAUGAUGCUAACUGAAGUGUCAGCCCGAGGAUGCAUGUAAUAUCAGAGACGGGUCAGAUUUUUCAAGCACCCAUAACUUUAUCACAGCAAUCCUACAGUAUGAACUCUUGCUCAAACCAAUCCAAUACUAUCUAAUCGGACAGACUGUCAUGGUUCAUUGGAAUAACCUGUAGAUGGCAGGAGAACACAAGUCAACAUUUCCUUUCUCAUUAUAUUAAGGACACCAUAGAGUCAGCUUCAGGAACGUCAUUAGUAAGAUACAACCGCUUACAGAGCAUUAUUAUGGCUACUGUAGUACAUCAUGCCGCAUCUCGUUUUAGCUCAGCAUCAUGCUACGGACGUUAGCCUCAAUUUAACAAUUUUCUGUUGCUCAAACAAUGCUUUGUGUAUGUAUAUGCCUGUUUGUUGCUGAAGCUCCGCUGUUCCACCAGACACAGACCAACCAGGCUCAACACACCUUUGUCUAUGUUUGUGAAGUAAACAUGACACAUUCCACCCGGGCAUGAAGGACUUCUGGUCUGUAUGGUGCACAUUUUAGAAAUGUCUUCGUGUGUCAUGAUCAUGGAAUCAGAUGGACUUGUGAAGUGAACUUUCCCCCGUUGACAUGAUGGUUUGGUAUGCGUAUGCAUUUAGACCUUGUAAGGGUCGUUCCCACAAAAUGAUUGCCUUUUGUGUCCCUUUGAUAUUUGAAGUAGAAAUUGUGCACAAUUGCAUUUUAAAAGCCUGUUAUAUUAAUAAAUGUGCCCCUUUCAUACGGA